GACCCAGCGGUAGAGGCCAUGUACAAUGACGGCACAAGUCAGCUGAACGAUAGUUUGACCUUUGCGGGGCCCCCACCAGCCUUGCAGGACCAGAGCCAGAAACCAGAGACCAGAGGCAGAGACCAGAGACUUUCCCGCCUCCUUUUCCCAUGAUUUCACGGCAGUCGAACGGUCGAACGCAAUGCACCGUCGAGACGAGCCCAGUCUCGCAACACAUCCUUCCAGUCAACUCAGUGACUCGUAUCCGGUAGACAAUACGGAGUCUCCGUCACGUAGACAGAGUCUAGUAUGUGCAAUACUGUACAAACGACCUUGUAGCUUUACGUACACUUUUCCUCCCCUCGUACGCUUGUCGUCAUGUCAUGUAUGCUGCUGCGUCUGCGCAUACAGACGGUGUGGCAUGGCAGGUAUACCUGGGCUGACAAUGAUAUUCUCAUCUACAGUUUAUCCACUCUUCCUACGACAGACAGACAGACAGACAGACAGACAGAUAUCUUGUCACAAAGUCCUGUCUGAAAUGUUAGUAGUCGUGAGCUCUCGCUUACUUGUGAACUCACGAAGGACGCUAUUGCGAUAUAUGAGACAUCAACACAGUCUCCCAAAUAUGCUCCUCUCCACUCCCACUAUGACACUAACCAUCUCCAACCAUCCAUCCAUUCAUUUCUAAAAUAUCAACAGUCAAUCGCUAACUUCUCCCCUAUUCCCU